AUGACGACUGCUGUGGCAUCACCCCCGAAUUUUCAAAACAUCUCUAGACUUAAUUGGAAUGGUGUUGGUGGUGCCGGUGCUGGUGGAGGCUUUUCGGCCAUGAGCUCCGACGAAGUCUCUCGAAUGUUUAUGCCUCAGCGCAAAACUGUCGCUCGAAGCAAUUCCUCCUCUUCGCUCUCCUCCAACAGUUCAACUAGCUCUACAACAACUGUAACCCCUCUCACCUCGUCCGAUUCCUCCGCCGAACCCGCUUCCAGUACUAAGAAAAAACCAAGAGGAGGAUUCUGGCCUGUCUCUAAAUCGGAAUCUACGUCGAGUCUAUCCAACGCACGCGCCAAUGGUUCCCUCCAAACCGCCAUCGGUAAUUCUUUGAUUGGAAAGAACGCUGUCCAACCCGCCCUGCCCAGUCAGAAUGCCAAUGGUCAAGCCAACGGCGCCAGAGUCCUGAAUGGUCAACCGCUGUCCGAAACCUUGGCGAUUCUCGCCCUGUUGCCCAUGAAUGGCACCUUCGAAAGAAAGCAGAUUAAUUUACCAUUUUAUCCAGAGGUUCUUCGAGUCGGUCGUCAAACCAACGCAAAGACAGUGCCGACUCCGGUGAAUGGAUAUUUCGACUCUAAAGUCUUGUCACGUCAACACGCCGAAGUCUGGGCCGAACGAAACGGGAAAGUAUGGAUCCGCGAUGUGAAGUCUUCCAAUGGCACCUUUGUCAAUGGCCAAAGAUUGUCACCGGAAAACCGCGAGUCCGAACCACACGAACUUCGUCAGCAUGAUACACUUGAGCUUGGUAUUGAUAUUGUCAGCGAAGACCAAAAGACCAUCGUGCAUCACAAAGUUUCAGCCAAGGUGGAAUACGUCGGCUUGCCCAGCUCCUCCAACAAUGUCCUCGACCUCAGCUUUGGAGAUCUAGAUCCUUCACAUGGUACUUCACUACUUCCUUCUCCCGUCAGCACCCCAAUGAUGCACUCACGCAGUCGGUCAGGUGGCCCUGUCACCAACGGUCGAGCCUCUGUAACCUCAAGUGUUGCCGGAGGACCACUGAGUUCAGCAGCACAACAGAGACAAAUGAAUUUUUACGGCUCCCCUAUGAAUAUAGAACACCUUGUCAAGACGGUAGCGACUGAAAUGCGUGUUGCCAAGCAGCAGGCGGAAGAAUUAGAUCAAGCUGGAUACUUUCUUAACGCAGUAAUGAAUGCUAAUGGUGACGCAUCUAAGAUACAAUCAUUGACGAAAGAAUCCUCCAACCACGCUCAACGACAAUCAAAUGGACGGUCCAAGAGUGUGAAACUCGACCAUGCCAAUCGGUUUGCUGACCCUCCGGCACCUCCCCCACAACAACCACUUCCAGAAAAGCCUGAUGUUUCAAGGGCCAGUCCAGCCAGCAGCAGCUCAUUUACGAAUCUACUCAGACGGAGCGAGACAGCGAAAGCUAGUAGUACAAACCACUCUCCCACCAACACUCAAAGCAGUCAAAUGUUGUCAUUGAUCGAAGCUUUGUCAAUCGCAAAGAAAGAGCUUGACUCGCAGGGUGCCAGGGUCAAGCAAUUAGAAGACAAGCUUCUGGAGGAGCGUUCCGCACGAGAGAGUGCGGAAGAGCGGGUUCGAACACUUGAGCAACAUGCCGCUACCCGGCCAGUGUCUCAGGUAGAGGAAGAGCAGCGAUCAACUGACCCCGAGAGCACCGAAUCCACGCUUGAGACCCAACCUGAAUCGGUCCAAGACGAUCAAGAAUUGUCGUCAAAAGAGCAACAACUAAAAGAGAGCCUGGAUGCGGUCGUAGCAGAAAUGCAGACCUUGAAGACCGACAUGGAUCACUUCCGACGGCGUGCUGAAGUUGCCGAGACAGACGCAAGCCAGGCUCGUGCUAGCCUUGCUGAGAUGAUUACAAAAAUCAGAGAGGAAAAUGAAAAGUCGGCAGCGAAAAGCACCGAGUCAAUCGAGCGAGAGCCAUCAACAGAACUUGACCGAGCGGUGAGGGCCACUGCCGCGGAAGAGUCGCAGCUUGACAUGAAGACUUUGACCAAAUGGCCAUCACAUGCCAAUGGUCAAGUACGAACCCCGAAACUUCCGAAGCAUUUGGAGCAGGCGGUCGCAACCGUGCUCAAAGAACGAAAUGUCCAUGGUGAUCCUCUCUCCCAAUCAGCACCGUACGUGUCUAUGCUUGGAGUGGUUUUGAUAGGAGUUGGAUUAAUGGCCUAUUUGAACUCUUGGCAGAAAGCCGAGAAGUGA